AUGCCCACGGAUUCAACUGAAUCCAACACAUCACCAGAAACAUCCACCACUGUGGGAACAAUGCAGACUACCAACAAUGAUCAGUCCACUGCAACAUCCAGUUCUUCUACAGAGACUGAGGUUUCUGCAACUUUGCCUCCAAAGACCACUGGAUUCACAGAGACUUCAGCUGAGUAUAGGACAGACACAGCAGUAACCAAUCUGGAAACAACCCAAGCCUCUCUAACCAGCACCGAACCAUUGACAACAGUAAUCCGCAGCACGCCAUAUGUUACACAAGCUACGUCUACAAGUGAUUCUCCAAGUACUCCCGAGUGCAAAGAAGGGGACUGUCAGUGUCAAGCAGGCGAGUGCAAGUACAGCGUAGAGCUUGGCAGAUGUCACUGCCUUUGCCCUGACAACAUUUAUGGAGAGACGUGCUCCUUCGGACAAAACAACACAACUCCUGAUAUUGAUACUGGUGCCAUACCUACGCGAAAAGCAGAUAUUACUUUGGAAAUCAAGAUCAGCUUCCUGGACGCUUAUAAUAAUUUGUCAUCUCCAGAGUCACUAGAUUUCAUCACCAAAUUACAAAAGAAGCUUGAACCCCUAUGCAACCAAGCGGAACCUGAAGCCUUUAAAAAAGUACGAGUCGUCAAGUUAUCACCAGGAAGUACUCCUGCAGCAAGGCGAGAAAGGGGCCUCUACCAGGACACCAAAGAUCAGUCCGCCAACGCCCUAAUCAAGAAGAUCAAGUUUCUGCUGAAGAAGUCCAACGCCAAAGUUGAAGUCGUGGCUCCGUCACCGAGUAGCGUGGCCGCGACAAGCCGAGCGGAGUACUCGUAUCCGAACAACCAAACCCAAAUCGAAUGGCUCAACACUCACCUCGACGACAACUUGGCCCAAAUCCUGAAGGAGAACAUCAGCCUGGUCUCUCAGGCCUUCAGCAACGCAAGCGUGCAGUUCAAAGAAGUCGUCUCCACGCCAGUCGAGAUCAACAACAUCACAGACUUGCAGCCUUUUAUCAACUGCUCAAUGUUUGUGAAUUACACCGCUGAAGUGGUGGGAGAUCAGUGGCAGUGUGUUGGACCGUGCAAGAGGUGGCCCGACUCCUGCAGUGUACACGGGGAAUGUCUUAAUGAUGUUUACAAAGGAGCCGUUUGCAGGUGCUACGAGUCCAGCAUCAAGCAGUACUACGGCCAGCAAUGCCAGCUCUACCGAUGGGGUCCUGGCUUCUAUGGAGCUUUGUUUGGAUCCAUAGCAGUGUUCCUGCUGCUCCUCACCACCGUCCUCGCUGUAUUCCUGCUCAAAAAGAGACACAUGUACCUCUGGAAGAGAAAUCGCUUUAGCGGUUUCUUGGAUUUUGAAGAAGAUUUCUUUGACUUCACAGACACAGGAAUAACUGGGACUUACACUCCUGAAAAUUUUUAGCAACACCAACAAGAUGUUGAUUCCCACUCAUACUGGAGAGGUCAACAAGAGGCUGUGAAGCGUUAAACAUCACCUCCACCUGAAGUUGCAAUGUUUGUACAUGAGAGUUCUUUAUUUAUGUCGGAUGUGUGUUUGCGUCACAUUAAAAUUUCAAUUGUUGAUUUUAUUUGUAUUUUUUUGUUGUUAUUUAUCAAUGCAGAUAUUUUAAACAGCAAUGAAAGGAAAUCGUUCCGUCGUUCUGUUAAAUAAUGCUAAUUGUUUUUUGUUGUUGUUUUUUUGUAAAUAAAAUCCAGUCAAAAAAAAUUAUUGGUGUUCAUAACAAUAUGUGGCCGCCAGAGGGCAGACUAUGUAAAUAAACGUGGCCUCUGCACAACAGUGUUAAUAUAAAGUGGCCAAAACACAUUGCUAAAAAAAAGGAGGAAUGACCUUGUUUCAU